AUGGAAAAGAGAAAAGAAUCGUUAAGAGCUGCAAAAGUGUGCCGAUUUUGCCUAUCACAAGAUCAAUCAUUGGACAAUUUGUACGACAGAAAUAGAGCGCCAAAGAAUGCUAUUAACUUACAUCUUAAAAUAUUAUCAUGCGUUGCAAUCGAGGUAUUUCCCUCAGACAAAAUGCCUGCCUACAUUUGCCAUCGUUGCAAAACUUUCAUGACAUUGUUCUAUGACUUCAAACAAAUAGUACGGAGAGCUGAUGAAUCAAUCUUGCAAUUUUUACAAAAUGGAACACCAAUGGAAACAAUUGUAUGGCCCUCUUCCUUGGCUAAACUCCUACCGAGUUCUAAUGAAAUAACUGUUAAAACCAUCGUAGAAGACGGUACAACUAUACAAGUUUCAUCCCAAGAUAUAUCUGAUAGUGAUGAAGAGGACGGGAAUGUGUAUAAUGUUAAGAUAGGAGAUGGACCUGAUGAUUCGAGUACAACUUGCAUUAAAGUUGUAACAAGCAAAGAAGAAGUGAAAGAGGAUUCCGUACAAAGUGACCGCGAGGUGUGCUGGCCAUGUGACGAGUGUGACUGCACCUACCCUCUACAACAACUGCUGGCUUUACACAAGAAACAGAAACACAGGCCACGUACUGUUGUAUGUGAUAAAUGUGACGCGAAAUUCUUCUCAAAGUAUGAUCUUUCUACUCACCUCCUUCGACACACCGAUGAGACGCCGUUUCAAUGCGUGGCGUGUGAUAAGAAAUUCAAAAGACUGAUCUUGCUUAAAAGACAUGAAAAGAUCAUUCACGCAGAUCUGCCGCAACAAGUCUGUCCAAACUGCCCAGCUACGUUUUUGUCUAUCGAAGAGUUGGAAGCGCAUAAAAAGAGACACAUCCACAUAGAGAGACCGUAUUCUUGUAACGAAUGCGACAAAAAGUUUCACGAAAAGGCGACGCUCCAGCGACAUAUACAAGCGGUUCACAACAAAGAGCCCACUUACUGUUGUGGGUAUUGUCCAGAGCGUUUCGUGUCGCUCUCCAAGUUAACUAAGCACGUACGCUCCCACGCCGGCGAUCGUCCCUACCCCUGCAAGUUCUGCGAUAAAAGUUUCACUAAAUCCCAUCAUUACACCAGACACCUCCGUGUGAAGCAUCGUUCCCGUCACACUGAACAGUAUCGCUGCGAGCAGUGUGAUGACACCUUUACGAGCCAGGAUGAUCUUAUAUAUCACUCAGCGAUCCACGCAACACAGAAUCUCACCUGCCCGCUCUGUCAGGAGAAGUUUGAAAACGUUGAUGACGUCACCACACAUAUCAAGUCACACGUCAGCGGUGUAGAAUUCGAGUGUGAUUUCUGUGAGCUCGUGUUCACAUCCAAGGAGAAACUUGACAAUCAUUUGAUAACUGCACACGAAGACGAACUGCAGCAUGAGGAAAUUGAUGAAAUAGAAGAAUUGGAAGAAUCAUCUAUAGAAGAAAUAGAAGACGAUAAUGGAAUCAACUUGAAAGACGAAGGUGAUCAUAUGGUUAUUGAAAUCAACAAAGAAGAUUACAUGAUAAACAAAACCUCGGAGUCCGAUAUAAAGGCUGUUAAUGCACAAUCUGAAGAUAGUGAAUCAGAGAACACGUAUACUGAGUUAGCUACGGUGGAUACAUUGGCUGUCUUGAAGAAAAAUGAUGCGACGAAAAUAGUUGCCGAGAAACCUGAACCUAAGAUUGUCGAACAGAAACCAGUCAUCAAGAAAAUCGAUAAACCUGAGCAACCAUCCUCUGUAAUACUGCAAAAAUCCGAAGAAAUAAAAAGAAAAGCCGAAAAACCGCCUCAAGAAGCUGUUCCAGAGAAAAAGGACAAGAAAAUAGAAAUAAACAGUGGCGGCGCGAGUGAUAAGUCAUUACGUUUAUUGGAGAAGGAACUACAAGAUCUUAAGAGGACUAACACAAAGUCAGAAGUACAGAAAGCAUCUCCAAAGAAUAUCGAGAUGUUGAGGACUAAGCGACCGCAACUACAGACAUCCACACCCAAAAGUUACGGUUCUAGAUCGACCGAGGAAAAGAAAUUCACCGUAAUGAAUAAAACUCCGAAUGUCGAAAAGAAACCGGAACGAAGGAUAACCAAAGAAAACAAAGAACCGAAAGAUGUUAAGGAAACGAAGAACAAUAAUGGAAAUAAAGAUGAUAAGGAAUCACCAAAGACCGUCAUAAAGAAUGGUUCUAAUAACGACAAAAACGCCUCCGAUGAUGGAAUCCGUCGGUCAACGCGGCCCUCUAAGAUAAAGGAUUACGCGAAAAUGGUUCGAGACAAGUCACAGACCUCCUCCGACAUGGACGAGAGUAGCGACGAAGAUGAGGAGUACAGAGAGAGUGAUAGGAGUAUUGACAGCCGUACCAAGAUACGAAGAAUCAACCCUAUCAAAACAAAGCCUGCAGAUGUGUCCCCGGUACCAGCAUCAGCUCCUCGAAAGAGAGGACGACCAAGGAAGGAAUCUAAGGCAACCAAAGAAGUUCCUGCUAAAGUGAGAAAGGAUGACAGUGAAGCUGUUGAUAAUGAAAAAGUAGAAGAAUCAUCAGCAAAAACUAAAACUUUAGUUAAAGAAGAUAAGAAAGUCAUGGAUACUGAAGCAAACGAAUCUACCCAAAACACCCCUAAAACACCUCCAGAACAAAAACCUGCCACUGCAGAUUUACUUGUAUCUCCAUCUGGACAGACAUUGAAAAAGGUCCCAAUUAAGGCAUUACCUCCAGGAAUAAAACCAUUGCCUCUACCAGUAAACGCCAGGCCUGUAGCAUCUGGGGAACUUUGUGAAAUGCAAAUUGGAAAGAAAGUUGUGAAAGUACAAAAAAUUGUAAUGACGAAAGCAGAAGUAGAAGCUAUGGCUAAAAAAGGACUUGUUGAAAUGAAGGAUGGUACUAUGGUAUUAAAACAAGGAAUAAAACUACCCAGCAUGGAAAAUUCUAGUGCUAAGACAUCCAUAGCAGACGGUGAUGCAGCAAAGGAAUCUCUGGUGAAAAAAGAAAAAGCAGUGCCUACACGUUGCGACCUGGGUGAUGAUUCUUAA